CACACACACACACACCAGACAGACCUUCAAGGCAAGGUUGACUCCAUCUCAGCAGUCUAUUGUGGCCAUGUCAACAAACAUGUUAACAUUUUGGCCUGGCGUCCUUCACCAGACUGGUCAGAGGGGUUGGCCUUGCUCCGCAGCAGCAGGAGCGAGACAAUACUAUAGUUCUGAACACCUCAGGAGAAGCAGACUGAUCACAAUUGACGGUCUGGAGAGACCAGGUUGAUAGAAAAGAUUAUGGCUAACAGUGCAAAAAGAUUGAUCACGUAUUUUCCGGACUAUAGAACGCAAGUUUCACUGCAAUAAGGCGCUUUUGGUAGCCAUCCACAAGCUUCUGCUUGACCACUUGACCACUAAAUUGCUGCAGUUCAGCUAAAUGUGUUGCUUUUCUGACAUGGACUUGUUUCUUCAGCAUUGUCCACACCUUUAAGUCAGGACUUUGGGAAGGCCAUUCUAAAACCUUCAUUCUAGCCUGAUUUAGCAAUUCCUUUAUCACUUUUGAGGUGUGUUUGGGGUCAUUGUCCUGUUGGAACACCCAACUGCGCCCAAGACCCAACCUCCGGGCUGAUGAUUUUAGCUUGUCCUGAAGAAUUUGGAGCUAAUCCUCCUUUUUCAUUGUCCCAUUUAAAGCAGCAGUUCCUUUGGCAGCUAAAAGUCUGGAUUUUUGUUGGUCAAAAAGUCUGUUUUUUUCCCAAGUGUCCAAAAGUUGGAAAUUUUUCCAAGUGUCAAAAAGUCAGGAUUUUUUCUAAAUGUCAAAAAAUCUGGAUUUGUUUCCUAAGUGUUCAAAAGUCGUAAAUUUUUCCAUGUGUCAAAAACACUGUAUUUUUUGUAAGUGUCAAAAAAUCUGGAUUUUUUGUAAGUGUCAAAAAAUCUGGAUUUUUUGUAAGUGUCAAAAAAUCGGGAUUUUUUCUAAAUGUCACAAAAUCGGGAUUUUUUCUAAAUGUCAAAAAGUCGGGAUUUUUUCCAAGUGUCCUAAAGUCGGAAAUUUUUCUAAGUGUCAAAAACACGGUAUUUUUUGUAAGUGUCAAAAAGUCGGGAUUUUCUUUGGUCAAAAUGUCUGGAUUUUUUCCAAGUGUCAAAAAAUCUGGAUUUUUUCUAAAUGUCAAAAAGUCUGGAUUUUUAUAAGUGUCAAAAAAAUCGGGAUUUUUUUCUAAGUGGCAAAAAAUCUGGAUUUUUGUUAGUCAAAAAAUCAGGAUUUUUGUUGGUCAAAAAGUUGGGAUUUUUUCCAAGAGUCCAAAAGUAGGAAAUGUUACUAAGUGGCAAAAAGUCAAGAUUUUUGUUGGUCAAAAAAUCGGCAUUUUUUCUAAGUGUCAAAAAGUCGGGAUUUUUUCUAAGUGUCAAAAAGUCGGGAUAUUCUAAGUGCCAAAAACACGGUAUUUUUUCUAAGUGUCAAAAAGUCGGGAUUUUUUCCAAGUGUGGAAAAAUCUGGAUUUUUUCUAAGUGUCAAAAAAAUCGGGAUUUUUUCCAAAUGUCAAAAAAUGGGGAUUUUUUCCAAAUGUCCUAAAGUCGGAAAUUUUUCUAAGUGUCAAAAACACGGUAUUUUUUAUAAGUGUCAAAAAGUUGGGAUUUUCUUUGGUCAAAAUGUCUGGAUUUUUUCUAAGUGUCAAAAAAUCUGGAUUUUUUCUAAAUGUCAAAAAGUCUGGAUUUUUACAAGUGUCAAAAAAUCGGGAUUUUUUAUAAGAGUCAAAAAAAUCGGGAUUUUUUUCUAAGUGGCAAAAAAAUCUGGAUUUUUGUUGGUCAAAAAGUCGGGAUUUUUUAAGAGUCCAAAAGUAGGAAAUGUUACUAAGUGGCAAAAAGUCAAGAUUUUUGUUGGUCAAAAAAUCGGGAUUUUUUCUAAGUGUCAAAAAGUCGGGAUAUUCGAAGUGCCAAAAACACGGUAUUUUUUCUAAGUGUCAAAAAGUCGGGAUUUUUUCCAAGUGUGGAAAAAUCUGGAUUUUUUCUAAGUGUCAAAAAAAUCUGGAUUUUUUCUAAGUGUCAAAAAAAUCUGGAUUUUUUCUAAAUCUCAAAAAGUCGGGAUUUUUUCCAAGUGUCCUAAAGUCGGAAAUUUUUCUAAGUGUCAAAAAGUCGGGAUUUUUUUCUAAAUGUCAAAUCUGGCUUUUUUUCUAAGUGUUCAAAAGUCGUACAUUUUUCCAAGUGUCAAAAACACAGUAUUUUUUCUAAGUGUCAAAAAGCCUGGAGUUUUUCUAAGUGUCAAAAAGUCGGGAUUUUCUUUGGUCAAAAUGUCUGGAUUUUUUCUAAGUGUCAAAAAAUCUGGAUUUUUUCUAAAUGUCAAAAAGUCUGGAUUUUUUAUAAGUGUCAAAAAGUCGGGAUUUUUGUUGGUCAAAAAGUCGGGAUUUUUUCUAAGAGUCCAAAAGUCGGAAAUGUUUUUAAGAGGCAAAAAGUCGGGAUUUUUGUUGGUCAAAAAAAUCAAGAUUUUUUCCAAGUGUCCAAAAGUCGGAAAUGUUUCUAAGUGUCAAAAAGUCCGGAGUUUUUCGAAGUGUCAAAAAGUCUGGAUUUUUUCUAAGUGUGGAAAAAAAUCUGGAUUUUUUUCUAAGUGUCAAAAAGUCCGGAGUUUUUCUAAAUUUCAAAAAGUCGAGAUUUGUUUUGGUCAAAAUGUCUGGAUUUUUUUAAGUGUCAAAAAAUCUCUUUUUUUUUUCUAAGUGUCAAAAAGUCGAGAUUUGUUUUGGUCAAAAUGUCUGGAUUUUUUUAAGUGUCAAAAAAUCUGGAUUUUUUCUAAGUGUCAAAAAAAUCUGGAUUUUUUUUCUAAGUUUAAAAAAAAAUCGUGAUUUUUUCUAAGUGUCAACAUCACGGAAUUAUUUCUAAGUGGCAAAAAAUUGGGAUUUUUGUUGGUCAAAAAGUCUGGAUAUUUUCCAAAAUUCCAAAAGUCGGAAAUUUUUCAAAGUGUCAAAAAGUCCGGAUUUUUUCCAAGUGUCAAAAAAUCUGGAUUUUUUUUCCAAGUGUCAAAAAAUCUGGAUUUUUUUUCCAAGUGUCAAAAAAUCUGGAUUUUUUUCUAAGUGUCAAAAAAUCUGGAUUUUUUUCUAAGUGUCAAAAAAAUCUGGAUUUUUUUUGGGUCAAAAUGUCUGGAUUUUUUUUCUAAAUUUCAAAAAAUCUGGAUUUUUUCUAAGUGUCAACAUCACGGAAUUAUUUCUAAGUGGCAAAAAAUUGGGAUUUUUGUUGGUCAAAAAGUCGGGAUUUUUUUUAAAGUCCAAAAGUCGGAAAUUUUUCCAAGUGUCAAAAAGUCGAGAUUUUUUUUGGUCAAAAUGUCUGGAUUUUUUCCAAGUGUCAAAAAAUCUGGAUUUUUUUUUCCAAGUGUCAAAAAAUCUGGAUUUUUUUUUGGGUCAAAAAGUCCGGAUUUUUUCCAAGUGUCAAAAAAUCUGGAUUUUUUUUCUAAGUGUCAAAAAAUCUGGAUUUUUUUUCCAAGUGUCAAAAAAUUUGGAUUUUUUUCUAAGUGUCAAAAAAUCUGGAUUUUUUUCUAAGUGUCAAAAAAAUCUGGAUUUUUUUUGGGUCAAAAUGUCUGGAUUUUUUUUCUAAAUUUCAAAAAAUCUGGAUUUUUUCUAAGUGUCAACAUCACGGAAUUAUUUCUAAGUGGCAAAAAAAUUGGGAUUUUUGUUGGUCAAAAAGUCGGGAUUUUUUUUAAAGUCCAAAAGUCGGAAAUUUUUCCAAGUGUCACAAAGUCGAGAUUUUUUUUGGUCAAAAUGUCUGGAUUUUUUCCAAGUGUCAAAAAAUCUGGAUUUUUUUUUCCAAGUGUCAAAAAAUCUGGAUUUUUUUUUUGGUCAAAAUGUCUGGAUUUUUUCUAAGUGUCAAAAAUUCGGGAUUUUUUUUCUAAGUGUCAAAAAAUAUGGAUUUUUUCUAAGUGUCAACAUCACGGAAUUAUUUCUAAGUGGCAAAAAAUUGGGAUUUUUGUUGGUCAAAAAGUCGGGAUUUUUUCCAAAAGUCCAAAAGUCGGAAAUUUUUCUAAGUGUCAAAAAGUGGGGAUUUUUUUGUAAAUGUCCAAAAAUCUGGAUUUUUUUUUUAAGUGUUCAAAAGUUGGAAAUUUUUCCAAGUGUCAAAAAGUCGGGAUUUUUUUCCAAGUGUCAAAAAGUCGGGAUUUUUUCUAAGUGUCAACAACACAGAAUUUUUUCUUAGUGUCAAAAAUUCGGGAUUUGGGGACCACCAUACUUGACGGUAGGGAUGUUCCUGGGAUUAAAGGCCUCACCUUUUCUCCUCCAAACAUAUUGCUGGGUAUUGUGGCCAAACAGCUCCAUUUUGGUUUCAUCUGACAUCACAUGGACAAAGAUAAGACCUUCUGGAGGAAAGUUCUGUGGUCAGAUGAAACAAAAAUGGAGCUUUUGGGCCACAAUACCCAGCCUCACCACACCACAGGUGAGCACAAUCAGCCUAAUUGGCAGCUCACAGUUUGUUGGCUCACAACUUUGUCCAGUGGUCUUGCAGAGCAGCAGGACUAAGUCAGUGGACUAAAAUGCAUUGGAGAAUAGGAAAAGAUCAAAGAGGCUACCGGAGUGAUGCCAGUGCCCGAGGCGGUGUCUGACACAGCCGGCGCCGCCACCAUGUUGAGUCCCGUCUUCAACGCCUCCAACGGGGACGGCUCAGAGUCGGAGACCACCUCCGCCAUCCUGGCCUCCGUCAAGGAACAGGAGCUGCAGUUCGAGCGUCUGACCAGGGAGCUGGAGGCCGAGCGGCAGAUAGUUGCCAGUCAGCUGGAGAGAUGCAAGCUGGGCUCUGACACCGGAAGCAUGACCAGCAUCAGUUCGGCAGAGGAGAAAUUCCGCUGGAGCAACCAAGAUGGACAGAAGGACAUCGAGGACGAGCUGACAACAGGCCUGGAGUUGGUGGACUCCUGUAUCAGAUCCCUGCAGGAGUCUGGCAUCCUGGACUCACAGGACACGACCACAGGAGAUCGACAAGGACUUCUCUCUCACAGCGCUCUGCAGCUCAACAACCAGGAUGCCUACGCGGCUGCCGGCUACCACAGCAACCAAGCGCUGGCGCUGGGCGAAGUCGUCGCGGGUCGCGGCGGCCAUAUGGGCGGGGCCGUCCACAGCUACAACCAGGUGACGUCCAGUCGGGCAGCCGCCCAGCUGGACUCGCCCUCGCAGAGAGACUCGUACGCCCAGCAAGCCCAUGGGAGCGCCUUCCACAUGCCCAGUGAGGUUGGCUCUGCACCUGUUGGACCACCCAUGUAUUACUCCUGUGCCACCCUGCCCGCACAGCGUGUCAGCUCACCUCUGCAGGCGCUGGGCUCGCCCACCAAGCUGCAGCGUCUGGGCUCCGCCUCCUCCGACAUGCCCAGCUACGCCACGCUGCAGCGCGUGUCCUCGCCCAAGCACUCCCCAAGUCGCCUGGCCAAGUCCUACAGCACCUCGUCGCCCAUCAACAUGGUCGCCGGCGGCCCCGCCUCCCCGUUGUUGGUGGCCGCCUCGACGGGGGGCAACCUCACCUCCUCCCCCAUCCACCAGCUGAGCUCGGUGGUGGGCAGCUACGCCACCCUGUCGCCCACCAAGCGCAUGCUGCACCACAUCGGGGGAGAGACCUACAAGAUAUCGCACGAGCUCUACGCCAACGCCACCCUCAAGCGGCCCGGGAGCCUGGCAGGCUCCAGGGGCUCGUACAGCAGCCAGCACAGUCACCUUGGCUCCGAGCUGCGACCUCUGCAGUCUCCUGAGCACCACAUCGACCCCAUCUACGAGGACCGGGUCUACACCAAGCCCAACCUGCGGGGACAAGCCCCGCCCUCCCCCGGUGUCGACCCCAUCCCCUUGCAGCGAACGGGAAGCCAGAGUGCCGCCUCCACCUUCCAGAGAGGCAGCUUCGCCACGGCCAGCGGGCCCGACUACAGCAACCCGUACCGCACCUUGCAGUUCUGCCCGUCCACGGAGUCGCCUUACAGCAAGUCGGGCCCGGCCCUCCCUCCUGAGGCGGCCCUGGGGAGGUCUCCGUCCGUGGACAGCAUCCAGAAGGACCCAAGGUACGACCCCGAAUUCCUUGUGUGGAAUCAAAAUCACGCCGAGCAAAGAAUGACAAAGGAGUUUGGUUGGAGAGAUCCAGAACUGCCGGAGGUGAUCCAGAUGUUGCAGCAUCAGUUCCCCUCGGUGCAGUCCAACGCCGCCGCCUACCUCCAGCACCUCUGCUUCGGAGACAACAAGAUCAAGUCCGAGAUUCGGCAACAGGGAGGCAUCCAGCUUCUGGUGGACCUGCUGGACCACCGCAUGACCGACGUGCACCGCAGUGCCUGUGGAGCUUUGCGGAACCUAGUCUACGGGAAGGCCAACGACGACAACAAGAUCGCACUAAAGAACUGCGGGGGGAUACCAGCUUUGGUCCGACUACUCCGGAAGACCACAGAUGUGGAGAUCCGUGAACUCCUAACAGGUGUUUUAUGGAACCUCUCAUCGUGUGACGCCCUGAAGAUGCCUAUCAUCCAGGAUGCCCUGGCGGUUCUGACUAAUGCUGUGAUCAUCCCACACUCGGGCUGGGACACUUCCCCCCACACACAAGAGGACCGCAAAUUACAUCUCCACUCCUCCCAGGUCCUCCGCAAUGCCACCGGCUGCCUCCGCAAUGUGAGUUCUGCAGGGGAGGAGGCCCGCAGGAGAAUGCGAGAGUGUGAGGGUCUGACAGACGCUUUUCUCUACGUCAUCCAGACCGCCCUGGGAAGCAGUGAGAUUGACAGCAAGACGGUGGAGAACUGCGUGUGCAUCCUGAGGAACUUGUCCUACCGCCUGGCCGCAGAGACCUCCCACAACCAGCAGGGAGGGUCCGAGGAGCUGGACGGCCUCUUGUGCGACACGGGCGGGAAGGACGCAGAGAGUUCUGGGUGCUGGGGCAAGAAGAAGAAGAAGAAGAAGGGACAUGACCAGUGGGAUGGUGUCGGCCCGUUUCCAGACUUGGCAGAGUCCCCAAAAGGCAUCCAGAUGCUGUGGCAUCCCAGUAUUGUCAAGCCCUACCUCACCCUGCUGUCUGAAUGCUCCAACCCAGACACCCUGGAGGGAGCAGCUGGUGCUCUGCAGAACCUUGCUGCUGGGAGCUGGAAGUGGUCGGUCUACAUCCGGGCUGCAGUGCGCAAGGAGAAGGGCCUGCCGAUCCUGGUGGAGUUACUGAGGAUAGACAAUGACCGGGUGGUCUGUGCCAUUGCCACCGCCUUGAGAAACAUGGCUCUGGACAUCAGGAACAAGGAACUCAUCGGUAAAUAUGCCAUGAGGGACCUGGUGCACCGUUUGCCCGGUGGCAGUGCGAACAACAGCGGCGGCGGAGGAAGCGGCGGCGGCGUCGCCAACAGCUGCACUCUUGUCGGAAAGACGAUGUCAGACGACACCAUCACGGCCAUCUGCUGCGCUCUGCACGAGGUCAUCACCAAAAACAUGGAGAACACCAAGGCCCUGAGGGACGCCGGAGGCAUCGAGAAGCUCAUUGGCGUCGCCCGCACCAAAGGAGACAAGCAUAGUCCCAAAGUGGUGAAAGCGGCGUCCCAGGUUCUCAACAGCAUGUGGCAGUACCGAGACCUCCGCAGCCUCUACAAAAAGGAUGGCUACUCCCAGUACCAUUUCAUUGGCUCUUCGUCCACCAUCGAAAGGGACCGACAGCGGCCCUAUUCUUCUUCCCGCACGCCCUCCAUCUCGCCUGUGCGCGCCUCGCCAAACAAUCGAUCGGCGAGUGCACCGGCUUCACCCAGGGACAUGUUGGUGUUGAAGGAGAGGAAGGCGGACUACGAGCUGAGCGCCAACGCCACUUACCGCGGCAACAAGGGUGAACACACAUCCCGCAAGGACGCCAGCAUGGGCGGUGGUUGUUCAACCCUGCACAGAGGAGCGUACGUGUCACCCACCGAUGACCUGAAGUAUAAUCAGGUCUCCUCCCAAGGAUUGCCUUCAGAGCCCUACCCGCCUUUCCAGAACCCUCCCCCGCCCGACAGCGGCAACUACGAGGACCAGGCCUUCUUCGAGAACCAGGUCCACGCGGGCGGCCGCCCCCCCCAGGCCGACCUCAACAUGCACUUGCAGGGCCUGAAAUCCACAGGCAACUACGUGGACUUCUACUCGGCCUCUCGGCCCUACAGCGAGCUCAACUACGAGACCAGCCACUACCCGGCCUCUCCGGACUCCUGGGUUUAAGCCGCGGGAGGAAAGGAAACGUAGUCGGAAGUAGGAAAAGGUACCUUUUUUUUUUUUUUCAUAACGUGUAGUUCCCACGUAGCAUCAUAGGUAGCAAGACACUGAAGAAGGGACUGUGGACUCCUUGUGGGGAGGCCAGGAUGGAGCAGAGGGAGCGAGUCCAGUCCUUGCAUGUGCAUGCACUCCACCCACGACACGGACAUUUUCUUCCUGUGUCUGCUUGGAGCGGCCGUGGGGAAGGUGAGGCGGGAAGAGAGGUGCGUGGAAAAGUCUUUGCAAGGUGUGAAGAGAAACGUUUGUACAUUUUGUCACAUAGGAACUUUUAGUAACGUCAAGCACAAGACGCCGUAGGACACGUAGAAACGUCUCGUUACACAAACCCGGUUUCUCUCUGUGGCGUGUGGGCGUGACGUGUCCUCCGGAGGAAAAGCUCGCUUCUGGAUGUCGCCGUUUGUAACGCUAUCUUUUAUUUUUGUUGGUUUUUUUGUUUUUCUUCCCCCCGUUGUCGUCGCUUUUUUGUGUUUCUAUUUUUGAACAUUCUCGGUUGUAUAGUAUUUGAUGUACACUGUACAUUUACUGGCGAUGCAUUGUGUAAUUGUACAUUGAACUGUUGUCCGUGUGCAGCCUUCACACUCUGCACUACACACACACACACACACACACACACACACACACAUUCUUGUAUUUCUUACCUUCAUGAGACCUGAGAAAAAUGCCUCCCUCUUUAGGACCAGCCUUUCUAGACAUAUAAAGAAGUGUAUUUACAACAUAUAUACAUACUAUGCAAAUAUUGAAAAAAAGCUUGUUGUGUAAAAUGAGUUUGAAUUUCCACAAGAAAAAGGUCACAAUUUCACAAGAAAAACUUGGAAUUUUGGCAGUAUUAUAGUAAAAGUCCUCAUUUUACUCAACGCAAGUCAAAAUUUUACAAGAAAAACUGAACAUUUGUGCGAUGUUAUGAUAAAAGUUGGAAUUUUACUCCAUAACAGUCGCAAUUUCACAAGAAAAGCUUAAAAUUUCGUCGACUUUAUAAAAAGUCAUAAUUUUACUCGACAAAAGUCACAAUUUUAUAAGAAAACCUUAGAAUGUUGGCAGUAUUAUAAUAAAAGUCCUCAUUUUACUCAACGCAAGUCAAAAUUUUACACGAAAAACUGAAUAUUUGUGCGAUAUUAUGAUAAAAGUUGGAAUUUUACUCAAUAACAGUCACAAUUUUAUCAGAAAACUUUAAAAUUUUGGCAAUAUUAUAAUAAUAAUCAAAAUUUCACUUGGCAAAAUGAUGACAAAAGUGAUAAUUUUCCUCAAAAAAUGUCACUAUUUUACAAGAACAACAAAAAAAAUUGCCGAUAUUGUGAGAAUUUUAUGACAAAUGUCACCGUUUUGCAUUAAAAAGUAAUAAUUUUACAUUAAAAAGUUAUAAUUUUACGAGAAAAUAUUGCAAUAUUACAGAAACAGAACGAAUAUGAGAAAUUGUUCGCAAUUUUAUAAGAAAAAAGUCGACACAUUGUGAGAAAAAGACUGCUUUUCGUUAUUUUUUGACUUUUUUGUGGUCUUGUUUGUAAUUUGUUUUUAAUCUUCAUUAUUUACUUCAAGUUAUUACAGUACGUCUCUAUAUACAUUAUUUUUUUUUUAUUUAAUUAAUUUUGGCCAAAGGUGUCACAUUUCCAUUUCUUACACACACUUGUUAUUUCAUAUGUUGACCAGAGGGGGAGCACUUUUAAAAGCGACACACAGUCAAUUUGAAAAAUCCCACCUUUUUGGGACCACCCUCAUUCUGAUAGAAUUCACCACCAGGGGUGCAAAUGAGAUAUUCUCUAUUUUUUUGUUCUUUGUAAUGUUUGUUCAUCCUAUGGUCACAUAUGGCUUGUCUUACGUCAGCACAGGAAGUGGUCAAAUCAGCUGUUCACCUGACGGGGUUGAAUAGGGAAGUCCUUCUUUAGCUGCCGUCUUGUUUUAAUAUAUAUAAUACUGCCUUUGCACCUGUCAAUGUUUACUUUUGUAUGCACGUUAAAUCAACCAAAAAAUCCUGACUUUGGAGCAAUGUUCACGGACUCUAGUAUUUGGCUCUCUAUUAGAUGCAAUGGUUUUCCGUAUCGGUCCUAACUUGUUCACCGGUCCUCAAAUGGAAGGUACUUUUCCUUGUUGAUGUCUCAAGAAGGGUAGAAAUACAAGAACACACACACACUCACACACACUAGACACAAGACAAUAAAAAAUGCUAAAUUAGGAUGAGUCACAUUGACUGCCUUACAUAUUGUACCAAGUAGAUUUUAUCCAACAGUACAUACGCCUCAUUUAUAUAUCCUUUUGUGACAGGUUUUAGCCAAAUAAAUGAUAGAAAUGAUACUUUUACAUAUAGUUAAGACUACAAUUAUUCAAUUUAUGUGCGUAAGUGAAUUUUUAUUUGGCAACGAGUCUGUUUUAACUGAAAAUAACAAGAAAGCGGCAAAAGAAUGAAUUUUUUAUUUUUUUUAACACCCAUCUAGACAAUGUUCUGUACAGUUCUGGUCAGGUUUCUGUGACCCUGAAUGCUUCAGUUCUUUUUGCAGGGUGGAACGAUAAAACAUCUUAAAAAUUGUACGUCGAGGUUGAAAUAUGUUCACACUGCACGUCAAUUCCGAUUUUUUUUGUAUCUGAUUUUUUCCGGUCAAUGUGAACGGUGCAAAUCCAAAUUUUUCAAAUCCGACCCAGACCUCUUUGGUAUGUGGAUGUAAAUCAGAUAUGUAUCCGAUGCUACGGCGGUCUGAAGAAAGGAGUCCUGGCCGACGUUCACACUGUGAAUGUGCAGUUCGGGUUUCUUUGUCACAUCCGAUCUUUCCCAUUUCUAACGUGAAUGCAAUCCAACCCACGUCUCGUCAGUCUUCGUAAAUUAAAGUACCACUGAUAGUCUCACACACUCUAGGAGUGGUGAGAUUACCCUCUGCAUUUGACUCAUCCCCUUGUUCAUCUGACCAAUCCAAGUCUGAGACUAUAUCUGACCAAUACAAGUCUGAGACUAGAUCUGACCAAUCCAAGUCUAAGACUAGAUCUGACCAAUCCAAGUCUAAGACUAGAUUCCAACCCUUGAUGCUGAGUGCCAAGCAGGGAGGUAAUGGCUCCCAUUUUCAUAGUCUUUGGUAUGACUCGGCCAGGGUCAAAUCUAAGACUAGAUUUGACCAAUCUAACUCUUAGAGUAGAUCCGACCAAUCUAAGUCUUAAGACUAGACGUGACCAAUCCAAGUCUAAGACUAUAUCUGACCAAUCUAAGUCUGAGACUAUAUCUGACCAAUCCAAGUGUGAGACUAGAUUUGACCAAUCCAAGUCUGAGACUAGAUUUGACCAAUCCAAGUCUAAGACAAGAUCUGACUACCCAAGUCUAAGAUUAGAUCUGACCAGUCGAAGACUAUAUCUGACCAAUCCAAGUCUAAGACUAGAUCUGACCAGUCCAAGACUAUAUCUGACCAAUCCAAGUCCAAGACUAUAUCUGACCAAUCCUAGUCUAAGACUAGAUCUGACUAAUCCAAGUCUAAGACUAGAGCUGACCAACCCAAGCCUAAAACUAUAUUUGCCCAAUCUAAGACUAGAUCUGACCAAUCUAUCUAUAAGAUUAUAUCUGACAAAUCUAAGACUAGAUCUGACUAAUCUAUCUCUAAGAUUAGAUCUGACCAAUCUAACUCUGGGACUAGAUGUGACCAAUCUAAUUGUAAAACUAGAUCUGACCAGUCCAAGUCUAAGACAAGAUCUGACCAAUCUAAGUCUGAGACUAUAUUUGACCAAUCCAAGUGUGAGACUAGAUUUGACCAAUCCAAGCCUAAAACUAGAUUUGGCCAAACUAAGACUAGAGAUGACCAUCUAUCUCUAAGAUUAGAUCUGACCAAUCUAACUAUAAGACUAGAUCUGACCAAUCUAACUCUGGGACUAGAUGUGACCAAUCUAACUGUAAAACUAGAUCUGACCAAUCCAAGUCUAAGACAAGAUCUGACCAGUCUAAGACAAUAUCUGACCAGUCCAAGUCUAAGACAAGAUCUGAUCAGUCCCAGUCUAAGACUAAAUCUGACCAAUCCAAGUCUAAGACUAAAUGUGACCAAUCUAAGUCUACGAUCAUAACUGAUGAAGUCUACUUGGAUGAGGGGCCAAACAUCUCCUAAGACAAACCAAACAGAUCCAUAGAAUUCCCUGAGACUAGAACCUGGAUGAAUGGACGUGGGCACAAAUCUCUCCAAGGAUGUUGUUACUGUCGCUUGCUACAAAUACCAAAAUAAAGUAGUCCUUCUGUCUUUUCCACGAGUCAAGUCAGAUGUGUCCCAAGUUUCAGCCAUCUAGCUGUCCAUUUGAGGUGAUUUUGAAGCUAGUCCUUCUGUACUGUAGACUUGGUGCACCCACGGCACUGGCAGCUAGCAACCAAAGAGCGUGACGACCACCACCAUGCUUGGGUUUUCAAAGCCCUUGACUCCUCAAACCUACAAAGACUUAAGUGUUGGCGCUUCUUAGAGCGUGACGACCACCACCAUGCUUGGGUUUUCAAAGCCCUUGACUCCUCAAACGUACUAAUAGACUUAAGUCUUGGCGCUUCUUAGAGUGUGACGACCACCACCAUGCUUGGGUUUUCAAAGCCCCUGACUCCUCAAACCUAGCAAUAGACUUAAGUUUUGGCGCUUCUUAGAGCGUGACGACCACCACCAUGCUUGGGUUUUCAAAGCCCUUGACUCCUCAAACCUACCAAUAGACUUAAGUCUUGGCGGGUCUUAGGUUGUGCCUGACCAACCAAAACCAAUGUAAUCAUUCCAUCCUGGGACAAGAACUGUUCAAAUACAUCCUUAAAGCCCCCAAAUUAAUACGACCUGAGGAAUCCUAGGACUGUACUCAGAAUAUUGUGCUAGAAACCACCAGGAUUCUUAAUUUCUGCGACACAACUUGGUCUUUUGCCACUUCCUUGGGUCAUCCCACAAAUAAAAGUUCACUUCAACCCCAACUUUGGCCCCUGUAUGAAUAAUGUAGGGCUUAACUGUGAGAGACCAUAGUAUCUAAAUGUGAGCUCCUGCUCUUUCAACCUUCAAUGUAGCUCUACAAGGUGGACCAUACCCAAGUAUUACGUCAUCUCAACCUUCCACGGCACUGUUGCUUUAAGAGGCUGUUUGCAACAUUGACACAGACGCCUAGAGGGCGCUAACGUUCCAAUGUCUCAUAUCCCGCCCGGUCACGGAUGCUAUGACCUAAUGACGUAGCUACGUACCAAUUGGGCUUCGGGUGUUGUUGGCCAGUGAUAGCGAUUUGGAUUGUUAGUGUUAGCUGUCAUUGAAUGUAUAUUCUAUCACAACAACAGAGACAGCCCUGAACACUAAUCGUUUUGGUUCCGGAUGGAAGAAAACUAAAAAUUCCAUAUAAACUUAGUCAUUCUGGAAAAAAAAAAUAGACAGUUUUAGUACGAAAGUGUUCAGUAAAACCAGGGGUCGGCAACCCGAAAUGUUGACAGAACCAUAUUGGACCAAAAAUACAAAAAGAAAAAUCUGUCUGGAGCUGCAAAAAAUUAAAAAGUCUUAUAUAAGUGUUUUAAUAAAGGCAACACAUGGUGUAAGUGUCUAUAUUAGCUAUAUUAGCCUACUAUCAAAGUGACUUUAAAAGUCUUAUAUAAGUGUUAUAAUGAAGGCAACACAUGAUAAAUAAAUAAAUGGGUUGUACUUGUAUAGCGCUUUUCUACCUUCAAGGUACUCAAAGCGCUUUGACACUACUUCCACAUUUACCCAUUCACACACACAUUCACACACUGAUGGAGGGAGCUGCCAUGCAAGGCGCUAACCAGCACCCAUCAGGAGCAAGGGUGAAGUGUCUUGCUCAGGACAUAACGGACAUGACGAGGUUGGUACUAGGUGGGGAUUGAACCAGGGACCCUCGGGUCACGCACGGCCACUCUUCCACUGCGCCACGCCACAUGAUGUAAGUGUCUAUAUUAGCCUACUAUCAAAAUGACUUUAAAAGUCUUAUAUAAGUGUUAUAAUGAAGGCAACACAUGAUGUAAGUGUCUAUAUUAGCCUACUAUCAAAAUGACUUUAAAAGUCUUAUAUAAGUGUUUUAAUGAAGGCAACACGUGAUGUGUCUAUAUUAGUUAUAUUAGCCUACUAUCAAAUAUAAGUGUUAUAAUGAAGACAACACAUGAUGUAAGUGUCUAUAUUAUAGCCUACUAUCAAAAUGACUUUAAAAUCUUAUUUAAGUGUUAUAAUGAAGACAACACAUGAUGUAAGUGUCUAUAUUAGCCUACUAUCAAAAUGACUUUAAAAGUCUUAUAUAAGUGUUUUAAUGAAGGCAACACGUGAUGUGUCUAUAUUAGUUAUAUUAGCCUACUAUCAAAUAUAAGUGUUAUAAUGAAGACAACACAUGAUGUAAGUGUCUAUAUUAUAGCCUACUAUCAAAAUGACAUUAAAAUCUUAUUUAAGUGUUAUAAUGAAGACAACACAUGAUGUAAGUGUCUAUAUUAGUUAUAUUAGCCUACUAUCAAAAUGACUUUAAAAGUCUUAUAUAAGUGUUAUAAUGAAGGCAACACAUGAUGUGUCUAUAUUAGCUAUAUUAGCCUACUAUCAAAAUGACUUUAAAAGUCUUAUAUAAGUGUUAUAAUGAAGACAACACAUGAUUUAAGUGUCUAUAUUAGCUAUAUUAGCCUACUAUCAAAAUGACUUUAAAAGUCUUAUAUAAGUGUUAUAAUGAAGGCAACACAUGAUGUAAGUGUCUAUAUUAGUUAUAUUAGCCUACUAUCAAAAUGACUUUUAAAGUCUUAUAUAAGUGUUAUAAUGAAGACAACACAUGAUGUAAGUGUCUAUAUUAUAGCCUACUUUCAAAAUGACUUUAAAAGUCUUGUAUAAUUGUUAUAAUGAAGACAACACAUGAUGUAAGUGUCUAUAUUAGCCUACUAUCAAAAUUACGUUAAAAGUCUUAUAUAAGUGUUAUAAUGAAGGCAACACAUGAUGUAAGUGUGUAUAUUAGCCUACUAUCAAAAUUACUUUAAAAGUCUUAUAUAAGUGUUAUAAUGAAGACAACACAUGAUGUAAGUGUCUAUGUUAGUUAUAUUAGCCUACUAUCAAAAUGACUUUAAAAGUCUUAUAUAAGUGUCUAUAUUAGUUAUAUUAGCCUACUAUCAAAAUGACUUUAAAAGUCUUAUAUAAGUGUUAUAAUGAAGACAACACAUGAUGUGUCUAUAUUAGUUACAUUAGCCUACUAUCAAAAUGACUUUAAAAGCCUUAUAUAAGUGUUAUAAUGAAGACAACACAUGAUGUAAGUGUCUAUAUUAGCCUACUAUCAAAAUGACUUUAAAAGCCUUAUAUAAGUGUUAUAAUGAAGACAACACAUGAUGUAAGUGUCUAUAUUAGCCUACUAUCAAAAUGACUUUAAAAGUCUUAUAUAAGUGUUAUAAUGAAGACAACACAUGAUGUAAGUGUCUAUAUUAGCCUACUAUCAAAAUGACGUUAAAAGUCUUAUAUAAGUGUUAUAAUGUUUGUCCUCCUACAGAAAAUAUAUUAAAACAAAGAAUAUAUUUUUUUCUUCAUCUUUUUCCAUUUUCACACAUCUCUGAAAGAGUCCAGGGAGCCACCAGGGCGGCGCUAAAGAGUGGCGGGUUGCUGACCCCCGGGUUAAACCACUAAAGUUAACAUAAGCUCGCCAUUGAUUUUCUUGGUAUAUUGUUAUGGCUUGAGAAAUGUAACUGUGAGGAAGUUGCAACCAGCCCCUUUAAGUUGGGAAAUAUUGCUUAAGUUCAAGCAGGCUUAAACCAGGGAUAUUCAACUAAAACUGUUCCGGGGGCCACAUUUGCACAAAGCUAAGGACCCGGGGACAGAACACUAUGGCCCCGUUUACACCGCACACCAGAUCUGGGGUUUUUUACCCUCAAGUGACCCAGAUCAGAUUUUUUUUCGCCAGUCCAAACGCUCCAAAGUGCUUCAAAUCCCAUCUUUUGGCAUCAGGCUCCACCCACAUCAGGAGUUAGUCCUGAAUCCCAUUGGAAUCUGAUCAUUUCAAAUGUGACUUCGGUCUGAACGCAAUGCGAUCCGAAUGUGGACUCGGACUUGGAGGUGCUGAUUCCCGUCCCAGUCGCUUCACACUCGACUGCGAACCGAUCCAGUGAAAGCUGAAGAUCCUGGCCAGAUGAAGCCAUGAGGACCACAUCAUCUGCAUAAAGCAGAGACCUAAUCCUGCAGCCACCAAACCGGAUCCCCUCAACGCCUUGACUGCGCUUAGAAAUUCUGUCCAUAAAAGUUAUGAACAGAAUGGGUGACAAAGGGCAGCCUUGGCGUAGUCCAACCCUCACUGGAAACGUGUCCGACUUACUGCCGGCAAUGCGGACCAAGCUCUGACACUGAUCAUACAGGGAGCGGACCGCCACAAUCAGACAGUCCGAAACUCCAUACUCUCUGAGCACUCUCCACAGGACUUCCCGAGGGACACGGUCGAAUGCCUUCUCCAAGUCCACAAAACACAUGUAGAACCCAAAGCUCAUGACCAUAAAUGAGGAUGGGAACGUAGAUCGACCGGUAAAUUGAGAGCUUUGCCUUCCGGCUCAGCUCCUUCUUCACCACAACAGAUCGAUACAGCGUCCGCAUUACUGAAGACGCCGCACCGAUCCGUCUGUCGAUCUCACGAUCCACUCUUCCCUCACUCGUGAGCAAGGCCCCUAGGUACUUGAACUCCUCCACUUGGGGCAAGAUCUCCUCCACGCAACCCUUUACCGGGAGAGAGCCAUAGACUCGGACUUGGAGGUGCUGAUUCUCAUCCCAGUCGCUUCACACUCGGCUGCGAACCGAUCCAGUGAGAGCUGAAGAUCCUGGCCAGAUGAAGCCACCAGGACCACAUCAUCUGCAAAAAGCAGAGACCUAAUCCUGCAGCCACCAAACCGGGUACCCUCAACGCCCUGACUGCGCCUAGAAAUUCUGUCCAUAAAAGUUAUGAACAGAAUGGGUGACAAAGGACAACCUUGGCGGAGUCCAACCCUCACUGGAAACGGGUCUGACUUACUGCCGGCAAUGCGGACCAAGCUCUGACACUGAUCAUACAGGGAGCGGACGGCCACAAUCAGACAGUCCGAUACCCCAUACUCUCUGAGCACUCUCCCCAGGACUUCCCGAGGGACAUGGUCGAAUGCCUUCUCCAAGUCCACAAAACACAUGUAGACUGGUUGGGCAAACUCCCAUGCACCCUCAAGGACCCUGCCCAGAGUAUAGAGCUGGUCCACAGUUCCACGACCAGGACGAAAACCACACUGUUCCUCCUGAAUCCGAGGUUCGACUAUCCGGCGUAGCCUCCUCUCCAGUACACCUGAAUAGACCUUACCGGGAAGGCUAAAAUAAUGAUAUCAAAAUCAAAUUACCGGAUGUUGUUUAUGUAGUUUGAUCAUUUUCCUCGACUGGUGCACUAAUAACAUCACAUGGUUUAUUGUUUGUACACAUGUAGCAUCAUCUAGAAGAUACAAAGAAUUGCUCUUGCAACAUCUAGUGGACACAUUUAGAACAGCAGUUUCUUUCAUUCAAAAAUUUCUGGUUCAUUUUUAUACUUGGCAAACUCAUCUCGCGGGUCGGAUAAAAACCUGUUCGCGGGCCUGAUCCGUAUGUUUGACACUCCUGGUUUAGACUGAAGUCACGUUUAAAAGAUCCAAUUCCAAUGGGAUUCAGGACUACCUCCGGACGUGGCCUGAAUCUGAUGCCAAAAUAUCCGAUUCGCAGCACUUUUGAGCGUUCGGAUUGGCAAAAAAAUAUCUGAUCUGUGUCACUUGAGGGCAAAAAAAUCCGACUUGGUGUGCGGCGUAAACCUGGUCCUACCGUCGUCUUUCUGACAGAACUCUAGUGUUUUUAAGAAUGUGAUUCUCUCAUACAUUUAUUGGUAAAAAAGCUCUAGUGAUGAAAAAGAGAAGGACCUAAGAUGGAACUUUGGGGAACACCACUAGUGAAACUAAAGAAGUUGAACAAAUGACAACUAACUGAACUUACGUUAGGAAAAAUAACUGGCAAAAAGGAGAGGACUUAAAGAGGAGCCUUGAGGAACACCUCGGUUAAUUAGUAAAUCCCCAGUUUGCACCCCAGUGUUUGCUAGCAAAAGGUCCAUGGUCCAAGAUCCUCCACACAACACGAGCACUCUCCUGGUUUUAGGAAUCUGCUGCAAAAAUGUUUGUCUCCCAAGUUUUGAACUGAACUGGUCAUUCCUGGAUGGGAUUACAAUAACCCUGGCUUAAACCCGGACAUCCAGGAUGUAUUUUUGACAAAAGGUGUGCUUGUUCCGCGUGUGUAAUCAGUGCCAAACCAGGGUUUCUGCCAUCCCACAGACUGUAAGGGUGCAGGCUCAGUCCCACCAUCCUGGAGGUUUUAAAUGUUGCCACUUUGUAAAUGCUUCAUUUUUUUAUUUUUAUUUUUUCUGGUUGGUUUGAUGAUUUUUUUAAUUUUUUUUUUUCUAAAUCGUGUACUACUGAGAUGAAAGUUGUGUAACUGCACUGGGACCAGACAGAAUUCUACAAAAUAUAAAAAAUAAAACAAUUGUAUGAAAAGAAAAAAAAGAGAAGUAAAAUGUACAAAGCUAGUUUUUGUGUUGUUUGGCAAAACUUUUAUGAGAAAUAGUUUACAAGGACUUCAUGGUAGACAAUCUAUUUACUCGCACACCUUGGAAGUCUGUCAGACUCUUGUUUUUCCACUUUACUGCUACUUUAAAUACUGAAAGAUCUACAGAUUGACCUUUAAGACAUAUUCUGUGCAAGGUUUGUCAGAAAAGUUCCAGGACUUAAACCUUCUCUGCCACACCUUCACGCCCCUCAGAGAGGAUUCUCAGGUGAGUCGGAAAGGUUUCCACAGCACAACUCCGGGAAACAAUUUGAUGACGCAGGCCCUGCCACAACUCUCGCCUCCUCCCGAGCACUUCACGAAGUAAACGCCGCAGGAUCUCUUUUGUUUUCGGCCCUUUGGUAAGAAAAUCACAACAUUCUCUCCCAUGACCAGGUGUGGCCGCCUGGUUUGCAACUCGGAGCCGGGGUGUCCAAACUACAACCCACGGGUCUCUGAAUGCUAGAUAUUUGCUGCCAUCUUGUGGACAAUUCGAGGAAAUCAAAUCAGUUACCCUUGAAAAUGCUUUUGUAUGAUAGCACAGCAUUCACUUAUAUGACACAAUCCAAACAACCUUCCCUAGUCAUGGUGCAAAAAAAAAUUGCAGCUAAGAUAAAUGUCAACACACGUGGUCACACACAACACAACCUGCUCACUGAACGUUGUAGAUAUGAAAAAUGUUCAAACACCAUACAAAAGUAUUUUAAUUAUUAAUUAAUCGAUAGUUUAAUUGUGUUGAAUCUUUACAAAUAAGCACCGCGAUUUUGGUAACCCUUUAGUUUGGGGAACAUAUUCACCAUUAAUUAGUUACUUAUUAAUGUCAGGUUCAAACACUGAUGACAUCUAUUAAACAAGACAAGAAGCAAGGAAUUCAACAAAGACAGAAUUCAAUUUAGCUCAAUUGAGGAGAAACGCCUGGGCUGUACUCUUUGUACAGUCUUCCGCCACGCUCUGACGAAAGAUUGUACUCUUUUAUUUGGACUUUCCCUGAUUACAUGGCAACAGCUGUUUCUAAGGUACGGGGGUCGUAAACAGCCGUCGCCUUUCGUUACAAAACCGUUUGAAGAAAAGGUGCCCGUUGGGGGGUCAGGUCCUGCUUCCUCUCCGCUUUGUAGAUCUCGGGUCAAGACAAAAUCGUACUGUGGAUUACGAUACAUCAAAGAAACCGACACCUUCAUGUCACUUCUCAUCUUACACAGUGGAGUUUUACAAGCCAUUUGAUUGGUAAAAUCAAAGACAGCUUUUGUCUGAUCACCGGGAACUCAUGGCAACACAAAGUUUUGUGAUAACUUGGAUACAAUUAUUCUGACAAUUAAAGUAACAAAGACUUAAUUUUGAGUUAUUUGGACACUAGGGGAACGUAUAAGGGUUAGUUAGGGUUACUAAUAAGCAAUAAUUCUGAGGUUAUUGAGGGAAGACUCUUACUUAAUGGCUUACUGGUUGUAUAAUAAGGCCGUGCAGAAUAAGGCAUUAAUAAGUACUUAAUAAUGACUAAUUAAGAGUCAAUAUGUUACUGAUUUGCAUGUUAACAAGCAACUAAUUAAUGGUGAAUAUGUGUUCUCCAUACUAAAGUGUUACCCAAAUUUUUAUAACACCCCUACUCAAAUUUUUAAGACACUUUUUGUUUUGUUUGUAUUAAUACGUCCAACAAAUGAACACAUAAUAAUACAAUAAUAAAACAUUCCCAAUAGCAAUCAACAGAGCAAUUGAGAAGAGACACAAAAAAUCCAAUGAAUGAUAAAAACAACAGUAUCAAUAUCAACAAGAAAUACAACUUAACAGUAAUUAAAAACAUUGAAAAAACAAGCAAAAAAAACAAGUUAUAAUCCCUCAUUUAGAUGGAAAAUACUGAGACAUUUAUUUUUCUUGUUAAAUGUAUUUCAGGUUUCAUUGGAAAAGUUAUUUUUAACUGAAAAUUAUUUUUAAUACUUGCAACAAGCUAUUUUUUUUUGUGUCGUUGUAUUCGUAAAAGCUGAAGUUGACCUGUCACCCUGACUAGUGACUCCAAAGCAAGAUUUGAAUCAACAACAACAACAACAACAACAAUAAACAAUCACUUGAUAACACGAGUCCGUUAUAUCGCCAUGUGUCAUAGUUGCUGUAGAUUUUCUCUCCGAUGCUUAUACCGAGUAAAAUUCAGGCUGGUAUCGGCGAUACCGAUUUUCUGCGCAAAUAUACCUCAAAUUUGAAUCUCAAUGGGAAUUUCCUGGGUAAAUAAAGGUUAAAAAAAAAAAGGUUGUGUAUUUCAACAAAUAACUUAUCCUGUAGCAUAAAAACACAAUAUACAAAGUUAUUUAUUUUAAACUCAAGCAUAUUGAGUUUAAAAGCUAAUACAACAGAAAAGAUGACGACAUUCAUACAAAGUAUACAAAAUGGUGU